AUGCAGCGAUACAGAGAAGUUAGAGGGAAGUCAGAGAAAUCAAACUGCUCCUUUAAAGGGAGAGUUGCAUGCUAAUUCGUCAUUGACUUUAACUGUUGAGAAUUAGUAACAAUUUUCUGGAGAUCUGAAAGGAAAAGGAAGUUUUGUGACUUUUCAUGCCGGGGAAAAUGUCUAAUUCUGGAGUUAAUCCACACUUGGAGGGGAUCAUUUCAGAUUUUGAAGCUCUGAAGAGGUCCUUUGAGGUGGAGGAUGUCGACACUUCCUCUAACCUCUCCCCCGGCUCCCGUCGAACGACUAACUCCCCUCACCGCAACGCCAUGUCUCCCACCAGCAUCUACUACCGGGACCUGGGCUCUGCCGCCACAGCAACUAACAACAACAACCUCAAUUACACCCAACCUCGCUCCAUCAUGGGUGGAGGAGGCUCCAAGACUCCAGAACCUGUCUCACGUCGAUCCGAGCUCUCAAUCGACAUUUCCUCUUCCUCCACCAAGUCGGUAGAUAACGCCACCAGCCCUGCAUCCACACGCUUCGCCACCAACAGCGCCCUUAAACGCCCCGAAGUCCUGGGUCACUCCAAGACUCCUGAGAUGAGCCACAAGAGGGAGGUCACGUUUGCCAAAACACCCAAUGAUUCCCCGGUGAUACGCCGCAACGAGGGCAACAACAACGGCACCAGCAAGACUCCAGAGCAGAAUCACACCCGCAAGUUUGAGCCUCCAAGUCCCGCGGACAUUCGUAAACCUGAAAUCAGCAUCACCAGAGCUCCACCUGAAAACAACGGCCACCACCCUGCAGUGCACCACCCGCAUCACCCCAAUCCUCACCACAACACCAUUGUCACCACUUUCCGCUGCUCCUCGCCCAAUCACGCUGGACGGAAAUCACCAAACUAUGGGUCAGAGACCAAUCUGAGCCACAGCAACAUGUCUGAGACCGGCAAGCCCCACCACCCCAACCCACAGGGUAAGGGCGAAAAGAGCCAUGGAAAUGACUUCAGCUAUGUGGGCAUCGAUGCCAUCCUGGAGCAGAUGAGGAGGAAGGCCAUGAAGCAGGGCUUUGAGCUCAACAUCAUGGUUGUGGGGCAAAGUGGUUUGGGAAAGUCCACUCUGAUGAACACCUUGUUCAAAUCCAAAGUGAGUCGUAAGUCAGUGCAGCCCGACCCAGAGGAGAGGAUCCCCAAGACCAUCGAGAUCAAGUCCAUCAGUCACGACAUCGAAGAGAAAGGAGUGAGGAUGAAGCUUACAGUGAUUGACACUCCAGGCUUUGGGGAUCAGAUCAACAAUGAAAAUUGCUGGCAGCCCAUCAUGAAGUUCAUCAACGACCAGUAUGAAGUGUACCUGCAGGAGGAAAUCAACAUCAACAGAAAGAAGAGGAUCCCAGACUCUCGGGUUCACUGCUGCAUAUACUUCAUCCCUCCUACAGGCCACUGUCUUAGGCCCUUGGAUGUGGAGUUCAUGAGGCGUCUCAGCAAGGUGGUCAACAUCGUCCCUGUCAUCGCCAAGGCCGAUACACUCACCCUGGAGGAGAGGGACUACUUCAAACAGACGAUUAGGGAAGAGCUGCGAGCCAACGGGAUCGAAGUUUACCCUCAGAAAGAGUUUGAUGAAGAUGCAGAGGACAGGAUGAUCAAUGAUAAAAUCAGGGAGAUGAUUCCUUUUGCUGUAGUGGGCAGUGAUCAGGAGUACCAGGUGAACGGCAAGAGGAUUCUGGGAAGGAAAACAAAAUGGGGCACCAUAGAAGUUGAAAACAUUGCACACUGCGAGUUUGCUUACCUGCGAGACCUUCUCAUCAGGACACACAUGCAGAACAUCAAGGAUAUCACAGGCAGCAUCCACUAUGAGACGUAUCGCGUCCGCCGCUUAAAUGAAUCCAACGCCCACUUCAGCACGCACCCGUCCGACCACCCUGCAGUUCAGCCUCAGACCAACGGCCAGCCGGAGGAGCAGCCCCACGUUCUGCAGGCCAACGGGGUGGCUGCACAGCAUGAAGCCCUGUCCCAUGAGAUGUAGAGAGCUAGUUCAUGACAUCAGGACACAGCAAGGCACAAAACAUACAUUCACACAUGCAGUCUGUUUACAUGAAAAAAGCCACACACAUAUUAGCACACUGUCAGGCUGUGAAGCCUUUUUUUUUUGUUACCAAGAAGGACUUUUUGUUGCCAAAAAAAUACCUAAAAAGGAGUUUCAAUUCAUCAAGGAGUUAGCAAAUCUCAGUUUUUCUUUCUUUAGGUUGAACAGAAAUUCUCAGCAAAAUCAAGUCUUCCUUAAAGAUCCAGAUAGUCUGCAGAUAUUGUUUCUGUUCCUUUAAUCUGACUGCCAAAUGCAAUCUCUAUCAAGGAUUGUUUACAAUAAACCAAGACAGACAUCAGGCCAUAGAUGAAGUAAAGCAUACAUGUCUCCUAUCUGAGCUUUUGCUGCUUGAUUUUUAAAAGUGUUUGCUGGCUGUCACAACUGCAGUGGAGUGCAGUUGCCAUGCAAAUAUGAUGAGAAAAGUCAGUGAAGAAAGGUAUGUAUUUUUUCAGAAUCAGCCACUUUGAUGGAUAAAUAACGCACAUGAGAAAAAAGCCUUCUGUGUAGAGAAUACCUCUGCAGGAUCUUUGGUAAACAGGAGUUCAAGCAUGCAGGGCUGUCUAGAUGAGAAGAAACAACACAAUCAAAGUGAAGAACAACAUAUCAGAUGGUACUAGAUUAGCUCUAAUUGUUAGUGCCACUGGCCUGGUCUGCUUUGUGUUGUGGUGUAUAGUUUUGUAUAGAUAAUAGGGUGAAGUAGGGAUAAUAUUUAGGUAUUACAGAGGAAUUAAAGGUAUUGUCGACACCUCCACACUGUGAAAUAAUAACAAAAAAAUGAAAGCAACAGCAGUGUGGAGCAGUUUUCAGAAAAUAACGAGUCCUAAUGUCAUUUUUCCAUUGUGUUACGUUUUUAAAAACCCUUUUUGCCACACCAUCCUUUCUCUUUCUAUAUAAUGCCAAUGUUGUGUAAUACAGUCAUACUUUGCAUUUUACAUUGCUCAUUUAUAGUUGUAUUUUAAUUGCUGUUGUUCAUGUUUUAAUAUUAUUGUAUAAGAUGAGGGUUGUGGAGGAAUCUGUGCAACUGUUGCAGCUUCUUGUCCUUUUUUCUGACUGUAAACCAAAUAAAAGUCAUUUUUUCCUGUUUUAAAGUGAAGCACAUAUAGUAUAUAGAGUUGAUUUAUGAACAGGUAUUUAUGUGUAUGUUAAGUGUAAUCCGUUUAAUUCAGCUUUCAUUCCAGAUGUGGGCUUCCAGAGGUCUUUAACAGUGAUGCUCUUUAGCUUUAGACAGUGUUUGCUUUCUGUUGCCUGAAUUUAUACAGUGUGUUCCUCCUGUUGGCUAGGCUGCACUAUAACAACUAGCACCAAAGGACUUAACCUGCUAGUGCAAGAGUGUGUUUUUUACAUUAAUUGAUAUUAGUCUCAACCAAUCCUGCCAAUAGAAAAAUGGUUAGAAAUGUGAUGUUUUCAUACAUUUUGUUAGAGGGAAAACUUUACAGCCACCAAGAGAAGGGAUUAAUGUCAUACACAGUAAAUAACCAACAUAAUGUAGCAUUUUUUUCCUGAAAACAAGUGGAGAUUUAACAAAGGCUACAUCUGAAUUCUUCUAGUUUUGAGUCAAAAUAGCUGAACUUUUCAUUUGAACUCUGUAGACAUAAACAGGAGCGAUAAUACUUUCAAUAAACCAUAAGAACAGUUGGAAAAGAAAAUUGGGUUACUCUUUGUUGACUGUUGUAUAGUUCUUGUGUAAUUUGUAUUGGUAUUCUAGAUUAAGGUUUUAUCUUUGAUAUGCUAUCUUAAGAAUAAAGAUUGAUAUUUUUAUUGUUUAAA